AUGUCCUCCUCUCUCCGUUCGGUGAACCCAAACGCCGAAAGCAUGGAUAAAGCCGCGGCUUUGUUCAUGAACAUCAACGCCGCGAAAGGUUUGCAAGACGUCAUGAGAACCAAUCUCGGGCCGAGAGGGACGAUUAAGAUGCUCGUCGACGGUGCCGGAGGCUUGAAGCUGACGAAAGAUGGCAACGUUCUGUUGAAAGAGAUGCAGAUUCAAAACCCGACGGCGAUUAUGAUUGCGCGGUCGGCGGUGGCGCAAGACGACAUUUCCGGCGACGGGACCUCGUCGACGGUGUUAAUCACCGGGGAGUUGAUGAAACAAGCGGAGCGGUAUUUGAACGAAGGCGUGCACCCGAGAGUGAUUGUAGAAGGUUUGGAGGCUGCGAAGAAGAGCGCGAUUGAGUUUUUGAAACAGUUUCGCGUGGAAACGGGAGGCGUGGAGAAUCCGGACCGAGAGAUGUUGUUGUGCGUGGCGAGGACGGCGUUGAGGACAAAGUUGGAAGAGCAUUUGGCGGAUAUGUUGACGACUAUCGUCACGGACGCGGUGUUGUGCAUUUCCAGACCGCAAAUGCCGAUUGAUUUGCACAUGGUGGAAAUUAUGACGAUGAAGCACAAGGAAGAUUCGGAGACGAAGUUGAUUAAAGGGUUGGUUUUAGAUCACGGGUCGAGACAUCCGGAUAUGCCGAAACACGUGGCUGAUGCGUAUAUUUUGACGUGUAACAUAAGCAUGGAGUACGAAAAGUCCGAGGUGAAUUCGAGUUUUAUGUACUCGGACGCGGAGCAAAGAGAGAAGAUGGUCGAGGCGGAGAGGAAGUUUACCGACGACGUCGUGAGACAAGUCAUCGCGUUGAAGAAGAAAGUCUGCGAAGGGAACGAUAAAGGAUUCGUGGUGAUCACGCAGAAAGGUAUCGACCCGAUUUCGUUGGAUAUGUUGGCGAAAGAGAAUAUUUUAGGAUUACGACGAGCGAAGAGGAGAAAUAUGGAACGAUUAGUUUUGGCGUGCGGCGGGGUGUGCGUGAACUCGCCGGAGGAGUUAUCGCCGGAAGUUUUAGGCCACGCGGGUGAAGUGUACGAACACAUUUUAGGAGACGAAAAGUUUACGUUCAUCGAGGACGUCUCGAACCCGACGUCGUGCACGAUUUUGUUAAAAGGUCCGAACCAACACACGAUCAUUCAGUUGAAAGACGCCGUGAGAGACGGUUUGCGCGCGGUGAAGAACACUUUAAUCGACAAGGCGGUCAUCCCUGGAGCCGGGGCGUUCGAGGCUGGUUUGUUCGUCCACUUGAACGAAGUGACGAAGAAAACGGUGGAAGGAAGAGCCAAGAGAGGCGUGGAGGCUUUCGCGGAAGCUAUGCUCGUCAUCCCGAAAACAUUAGCGGAGAACUCGGGGUACGACGCGCAAGACGCGGUCAUUUCGCUCACGGACGAACACGAAAACGGAAACAUCGUCGGUAUUGACGUGACGACCGGUGAGCCGUUCGACCCGACGACGAGUGGCGUGUACGAUAACUAUUUGGUGAAGAUGCAAAUUUUGCAAAGCGCGCCGGUUGUUGCGACGCAGUUGUUGUUGGUAGAUCAAGUGUUAAGAGCCGGCGUGAACAUGCGCGGUCGCGGACCGGCUGAAUAA